AGAACACUAUCUUUUUUAUCUUUUUAUAUAUAGUAAGACUUUCUGAUGAUAGAAAGCCAAAAGGAAAGGGAUAAUAAUCACAUCCCUUUCACUUUCCUAACCAGAAAAUAAGAUCAUUUCAUUAUGGAUUAUCAGAGUUAAUGUAUAUCAGUACAUGUUUCUCUCCUUUAACAGUCAUUUUCUCAGUUCUAAAAACUUAAGUACCAAAUUUUCGGUUUAGUUUUUGAACAAUACCAUCAUUCUGAAAGACCAAAACAAAAGAAGUUCACGAGGGAUGAACAGCAUCAAGAGUAAGUUUCUAAAGAGGUUUACGUCCAUCCCAUCAAUCUACACUUCAAAACAACAUGUACUCCUUCGCCGCGAAUCCCUGGAUAGUAGGUUGUCCAGUAGUAGUCCAAACCUGUUGCAGAACCCACCAAACUACAUACAGCAAGAGGAUAUUACAAACUCUAGUUUUGACUUAGGGAGCAAAAAUGGACAUAUCUUAUCAAGUGAUGACUCAGAUUCAUUAUUAGUACCCACCAAAGAAAUCGAUGUAUUUGAAGAUUGUUUAUGUGGGUUUGAUGAUUCAAUCCCCGAUAUGGUCUCAUCUUCAUCAUCUUCUUCUUCUUCUUCUUCUUCUUCUUCGUCCUGUAACUCCUCUCCUACAAGAAGCAACUACAAAGAAGAUGAAAAUGAAGAAGAUUUUGAGGAGAAAUGUCCACCAGGAGGAAGCGACAAGGUCAUCCUAUACACAACAAGCUUAAGAGGAAUCAGAAAAACUUUUGAGGAUUGUAAUGUAAUCAAGUUCCUCCUAGAAAGCUUUCGGGUUUUGUACUCUGAAAGAGAUGUCUCGAUGCAUCUCAAGUUCAGGGACGAGCUUUGGGAGGUCUUAGAAGAACGCGUUCUGCCACCAAGGCUGUUCAUCAAAGGGAAGUACAUUGGUGGAGCUGAUGAGGUUGUUACUCUGCAUGAGGUUGGAAUGCUGAAGAAGAUGCUGCACGGGAUACCGGUAAGUCCGGUAAGUUCGAACAACGUUAAGUGCUGCGACUGUGGUGGAGUACGGUUUCUGCUGUGCUUGGAUUGUAAUGGAAGUUGCAAGGUUUACAAAGGUGAUCAAGGUAAUGGAGAUAGUUUGUUUGUUAGGUGUAUAAAGUGUAAUGAAAAUGGGUUGAUCAACUGUCCAUCUUGCUCUUAUUAAUUAAAUUACAUAGGUUGAGUACUAUUAGAGAUUAUUAAUUAACAUUAUUGUUGUCUAAUAUCAGAAUGUUGUAAGCAGUUUCAGAUUUUCAUUAUGGUAAGGAUAACUUCUUCUAUUUUCUUAGUAA